UUAAAAACGCACAAAAGGCAGGGACAAAACUCAAAAUGUGCCGCACAAGUCACGAAAUAUUGUGACGAAUCAGCAGAUGUCGAGGAGAAAACGUUGGAUAUAAACAAUGACUUAGUCGUGUUUACAAGACAACAAACAUUAUACAUACGCGAACAUGAACGUGUGACGAAUCGGCGGAUCACAAGAAAACGUUGAAGGGGCGCUGGACUGAGGUCAUCCAAUGAGAGGCCAGUGAUUCGGUCACAUGGAGGUGAUGGCGCUGGAGCAGGUGGAGGCGCAGGUGGAGCAUCUGCUGGGCGGCCUCGGCUGCGAGGUGACGGCGUGCGACGUUGGCCUAGAGCAGAGCAAGCCGGCGUCGCUGAGGAACAACGUCACGUACAUCGUGUGCGCCGUCAUCUUCAACGACAAGGAGGAGGUUCUGAUGGUCCAGGAGGCCAAGCAGGACUGUUACAAGAAGUGGUAUCUGCCGGCGGGGAAGGUGGAGGUGGGCGAGAGCCUGCAGGAGGCGCUGCUGAGGGAGGUGAAGGAGGAGGCGGGCUUUGAGUGCCAACCAAUCACGUUGCUGCUGAUCCAGGAGCAGGGACCUCAGUGGAUCCGCUUCAUCUUCCUGGCCAAGAUCACAGGCGGGAGCGUCAAGACUUUGACGUCGGCAGAUCAGGAGUCUCUCCAGGCCGCCUGGUGGGACCGGCGCGCCCCCCUCCCUCUGAGGGCCCGGGAUAUCCUGCGGCUCAUCGACUUCGGGCUUAAGUACCGUCGAGACGCCUGGCAUCCUGUCACACUGCCGCUGGACGUGAGCUGCCGCCACGUGGUCCAGAGGCUGGUGCUGAUCUUCAGCGCAGAGCAGAACGUCUGGAUCCUGCUGGUCAAAGCCCCCAGGCCCCACCUCCCGACGGCGGCGGCUCUGAAAACUCACGCUGUCACGUGGGCGGCCAACACGGUGGUGCAGGACGCCAUGCCGUCGGCGUACUACGAGCACAACGUCAACACGCUGGGCGUGUUCAGCCUGCAGCACGACGGACGGCAACAGGGAAAGACGGACGGCGUGUGCUUCAACACGCUCGUGGCCCUGCAGCCCGACCGCGCGGAGCGCGACGAGGACGGCGCCAGGCUGCCGGCGCCGCCCGCUCGGGGGCCGCCGCCCGUGGAGAACCCGCGUUACCUCUGGCACCGGGUUCUCGCGCCCGCCGUCAGAGAGAAACUGCUGGAAAAGAGCAGAAACACGAGCAUCCUGCCCAUGCACAGCCUCUACUGAUGAAACUGCACUUUCAAUGUGGAAGGACACAAGGCAGGAAGUCUGCUUUUAUUUGCAAACUCUCAGUUGGGGACCUUCGCUGCAUCUCUUUCUUGCUUUUAAUUAUGCUGCUUCUCUACCAAAAGAGCUCAGUGCUGCCUGCCAUGUUGUGGCAUACAGUGGUACUGCACUCAAGUCGGCCCACUCAAAAUGUUUUUAAUUCAAAAAUAUAUAUAUAUAUUGAUAGUCAUUAGCAUUCGUCUUUGUUACAAAUUAAAGAAAGAAGGUGUUGA